CCACCGCACCAGCCCUGGCGACGCCGCCAAAGAGCACUCUGUCAAUCCACUCCAAGACAUCACCCCCCGACGAUCUGCACCGUCCGCUGCUGAGACUGCACAGGCGCAGCAAGCCAGCCAUGGCAGCUCCCGCUGCGCCACAAGCCAAGCUGCACAUAAUGGUGUAUGACGCCUACCACUUCAUCAAGCAUGCCCAAAAGAACCCGCAGUGCUUUGACUUCAACCCGUCGGCGGUCAACCAGACAUGUGGUGAUGAGCCGCAGGGCUGCUUUGAUCGCGUGUGGAUGGACGACACCAACUUGAACACUGCAGUGCACUACUGGAUGGCGCGCGAUCUGAAUGUGCGCUUGAGGAUGUGGCACUACCGUGUCGCCCACGGAAGCUUGGAUACAGCCAUGAAGAACUCAACACGGCUGAAGGAGCUCGAAGAGGAGAUGCUCGGAUAUGCCUGCCCCAUGCGUCCGGCACCAGUGGAGUUCUGAACCAGGGGAGUUCUGAGAUACUGUACAAGAAAAUCAGCGGUUGCAAGGGAUCGGUGAGCAGUCUCCAUAAACUGGCUCUGAUUGCUAAUGGCCGUGGUCCCUGAAAACCAUCACUUCGAAUUUUAUUUUUUGUUUUCAAAACUCUUUCCUGCAUUUUUGCG